AUGCGUGCGAGCAACGCAAUAAGCGGUGAGGGGAGAGAGGGCCAGGCGCUAGACAAGAUGGAGCCACCACAAGAAAAAAGCCAGGCCACAACCACAAAGCCCCCAGAGUCUUUGCGUCUCCAGUUUUGGAGGCGAGCAAGGGGGGGGGAAGAGAGCCAAGUCCCCUCCUCCUCCCGGAAGGGCCCUUCACAGGCAAGGAAUUUCUCGCCCAUCAUCGGACAUACAAUGGUCCCCCCUCCCUUCCCCCAUGGGCGGCCGAGCAAUGUUCGGUCUGACAAGACUGCCGGGAGGUGCCCCGAAAAAAGCGUGAGGAGAGAACGAACCACGGCAUGUCACGUUCUCUGCUCCGGGCCAAUGCUCCACUCGGUGUAG